AUGCUCGUCGUCUCGUGGUGCUCGAGCUCCACCCCCUCACGAGCCCACACUGCCUUGAGGGGAUGCCGGUUGGAAAUACCGACUGCGAACCCUCACUCUAGUGCAAGACCUUUGGGUCUUGAGUGUCUGUCCGAGGGCAUUAGUGAUCACCGUUGCAUCCUCUUCCGAGGUCCGUUCUAA